UCAGUCGACUUGCCAUCACGGUAGACAGUGCACGCGCACCACAUUACAUCACGCGUGGCCGCGGUAUACGAAACAGGUGACGAUCGCGAUCCCUCCGCGAAAAAGUCAAGUUGUGUGAAUCUCGCGAAAAUCAUCGCAAUUUCAAUUUAAUAUAAAUCGGGAUUAACGCAUCGUCGCCCGUCGAGGUUGGUUCAUUAAGACAAACAUUAAUUAUAGACAUAUAACUCGUAUUAAUUAAGUUUGUGUCCUUUCUUGGUGUUCGUAGAGGUCCCCGCGUGUAAUUAAUUAUAUUUUUUUGCAAAACAUGGAGGCCGAGGUGGAUCCUUUACCUUCUCUGUACGUGGAUUUGAACAAAUACCAAGGAAAUGGCGACCAGGAACCCGGCUCGGCGCCGACCAAAGGGGGCCGCAGCGUGGUGCUGCAGCAGCAGUGGGUGACGUUGACGGCGAGUAUGUGGCCCGAGCCCACGGCCUCCCCCAGAGGCUGGAAGGUAUCCGCCGAGCGUCUACCCGUUCUCGCCGCCGUUUUCUGCGGCGCCGCCCUAGUCGUCUGCCUCUUGUGCGCCUUUCUCUUCUACCGUUGCUGCGUCAUGCCGCGAAGGGACAAGCACUACUGCCUCCGUAAGGUGGACGCCACAUCGUCCGGCACCCAGGUGCCUGCCGUGGUUUCCCCAGCCUACCCCAGCCAAGCGGCGGUCUUCGCCGAACAGAAAGGUUGCAGCUGGGGUUACAGCAACAGACUCGUGGCCCCCGUACAGCCCAGUCCUUGGUACACCCCGAGAAUCAUCGGUGGCCCGCAGUGCACCCAGUGCCCCGGCAUCUGCCCGGUUCCUAGAAGCUCCAGCAAUCCAGGAUCUUCCUCACAGGUCCAGCCAAGCAACUCCACGUUGAGAAGACAGAGGCCCGUGAGCCAGCCUAUACCUUCCAACGUGGUAAACGGAGAGAUAGUACCAAAAUCUCCGCUCCCGGAAAUAUCCGAAUUUUCUCCAAACAGCCCUCAGUAUGCUUCUAGUAGCAUAUUGGAUGAGGUUGGUGCCAAAGACGAGCAAACUUCGGGAGAACCAACGCUGAAAACCAGAAGUUUGCCUGCUUGGGUGAGGUCUAAGCCAAGGCCUCUCUCAACUGAAGAUGACAUUAAUGAUUUAUAUGCGAAGGUUAAUUUCAGUAAGAAGCGAAAAAACCGCAUGCGCAACGACGAGGCGGCCAUAAUCGCUUUGAGCAAGUCUAGAAGCCAAUUCCUGCACAAGGACACCGAUUCCCUGGUGGACAACGAAGCUGUCAUAGUAUACGACGAGCGCACGGCUUUGUAAAUAUCCUGAUGCCAUACUUUAAACGAAUUUAUGUAGUAACAUUUUGAGACUUUUUUAAUGAGAAAAGUUAUGAUAUCAAUGUAAACUACAUAUCGUAGAAUCGAAGACUCCAGAUCGACAAAUAAAAAGCUACCAGUAAGAUAUUAAGAAAUUGAAAUUGUCGAAUAUAUUUUUCUGUGAUAAAAUUAUUUAGGCUUCUAUGAGGAUUAUUUUAAGUAGGGGGUAAUUUGUAAAUUAAAUUUGGAACUUUUAUAAGACUGGGCAUUGAAUAAUUAUAAAAUAUCUGAAGUGUCGUCGAGUAUUUCCUCACAAUUCGUGCAGUUCUUAAACGUUUAUCAUACGAGUAUGUACUUAUAGGACUUCGAAGGCGAAACAUUUGCCGAUAGCUAAUUUAUUACCCUUGUAGGAUAAGUAGAUGUUCUUUAUUUUUUGUAUAUAAAGGGCCUUUCUUGCGCGAAUUAGUGGAUUUUGUACUUGUGCCCCGUUUUUUGUAAAUUAUUAACUUAAAUAUA